AUGCCCGAAUCAACGCCUCAAACCACCGACUCGGGAACUCCCAAGGCUGGCGCCCCCAAAGACAAGAACUGCCCCUUUUGUGGCCAGGCUUUCACCUCAUCCUCGCUUGGUCGUCAUCUCGAUCUGUACAUCAAGGAGAAAAACCCGAAGCCCGCAGAUGGCAUUCACGAUGUGGACGCUAUCAAAAAACUUCGUGGUGGUAUCACACGACGACAGCCACGAGGCUCCCUUGGCGGAAGACGUGAAUCCUCAACCCCUGUAGGAACACCAAAAGCAUCCGCCAUGAAGGAUACGCCGCUUCCCGAUAACGAAGAUUUUCGAUCACCGGCGAUUUCCAAGGGCAACCAGCUUGUAGUUGAUACCACCAUGAAAUAUGCGUCUUCUUUCCAACCAACAUGGGAAGCGACCGGUGUCAUAAACGACAUCCCAAAGAGAGGUAGCUGGGACAGUGACGUCGCACCUGAACCACAGAAACGCCCUGGUAUGCAACGUACUGUAAGCAAACAAGCUAUUCAGAAGGCCAACUUCGACGUCAAGCAGAAGCUUUCAGAUGCCAUGGACACAGCCCGUGCUGCAGAGCUCGCAUUGAGGGAGCUUCUGAGCUCCUGGAGGGCAGCCAAGGUACAACUUGACAAUAACUCGAUGCCAUUCGAAUUCGAUCCUUUGUCUCUCGAUUUCCCUGCCUUGACGCUCCAGUGUCUACAACCCCCACCAACCCUGUUCUCGUCUACGCAGCAUCCCACAUCGACAUCCUGGUCUGUCCAAUCACCAGGAAGCCGGGAGUUCGAGGCCCUCCGGACUUACUUCACAAAAGAGUUCAAGGCGUGGAAAGUAACAUGUGCUUCUGCAACCACCGCCGCAAUGGACGAGUUCACAUAUCCUCCCUCUGUGAACAACUUCCGAAAUCCUCGAGAGUCGGUUCGUAAGGCUGAGAAGAUGGCGGAACAAUUGGAGGCGCAGGUUGUUGAGCACCUCCAAUCAGCAUAUACAGUAUGGGAGUCGUUGCCAGUUCAACGACGGCAAGAGCUCUGGAUUUUGGAACUGGCUCGUGGAGUAGGACGAAAGCAUAAGGAGGCUGAGAAGAUGAAGGAGCAGCAGCACAGACUCAAACAAGAGAACGCCAACCUCAAGUCCCAAAUUGAACAACUAAACAAGCUUCAGCAACCGAAAGAGUUCAGGAUUGCACCACCUGUCACAAUCCCAAUUGAAAGAGAGCUUCUUGCUCUUUCUUACGAGCAGGCGGUCAAGGGUGGAAGGGGCGUAGGUUUCACUCUCGAAGAUGCACAAGUUGAUCUCAGCUCUCUUGUUUCAAGAUCCAUUGAACGUUGGAAGGGUGUGAUUGCUUCCACGAGAGCCAAUGCUACCGGGAUGAAUGCUCAGAGAUCUCUUGACCAAGCUAGUCAAGCCUCAGGAGCCGCCGUCAACGGCACUCAACCCACGCCACAAAUUCAAACGCCUUCGCAGCCACAAUUUCAAGUUCAACAGCAGCCACAAUCACAACAACCACAACGCCCACAGCUUGCCAAGCGUCAAUCGACAACGAGCAUUAAUGGUGCCCCAAGUGAGCAUGCCACCACUUCUACUUCCACGACUGGCCCUCCAUCAAUUGCCGAGACCAGUGAUCAAGACGCCGAUGCGGAGAUGGAAGACGACGAUAGUUUUGCUAUGGUGAACGCCUCUCCGAUCAAGACCCAGCCACCUCAGAUCCAACAGCAAGCAACGCUAGAAGUACCACGCACGCGGCCUGUUCAGCAACAGCAACGCAACCCACAAUUUAUGAUGCCUAACGGGGCAGGAAGUCCUGUCAACCGAGCGGCCAUUAACAUGAGUCGCUCCAUGCCCAACAUGAAUAUGGCAAUGCAGAAUGGAACGAUGCACGGCGACCUGAUGGCGAUGCAAGUAGUUCGUGGUGAUCCCAUGUUCAUGGAGUAG